GCUCUCUCUCCCAGUCGAGUAUAACUCUUGGCAUUACGACGCGUCUGACGGGCCAUGAAGGCAGCAUCACACCCUAAUUUUUCCCCAACAUCCGGGACUUUUGGAUCUAACCACUGGGCAGUGGAAAGCACUGGAAAGGCGGACUGAUGACAGCUGUCAGUGUGGACAAAAACACUACCAAUCUAUGGAAGAGAAGCCAAAUGGCUCUCCCCUGAACCUCCUGGAGAAAGGGACAACACCGUGGCAGUUGUCGCGGGUUAUUUGAAGGUGUCGCGAAGCUAUUGACAUACACUUCUGUGUAUUUUCUGACCUUGCACAUCAUUGGUGGAGCUACAGUUGCAGAGGCAACAUGGGGACACAAGGCUCUGGUAGAAAGCGUGCCCCCCUGAAAGACCGGUUCUCCGCAGAGGAUGAGGCUUUGAGUAGCAUUGCUCGGGAGGCAGAGGCGAGGCUUGCAGCGAAGAGGGCGGCUCGGGCAGAGGCCAGGGAUAUUCGAAUGAGGGAACUUGAGCGGCAGCAGAAAGAGGCUGACUCAGAAAAAGCCAGAGGCUCUAGUAGUAGUAUAACCAGCCGUCAUCGCCGGGGGCUGGAUGAUGACGUCAUGUCAGUCUGCAGCUACAGGUCAACCUCAUCAUCAGCAACACGUGACUUGGGGUCUAAGAGUCGAUUCAGUUCCCAUAGAAAGGAUGUGUUGUCUGACGGCCUCUCCUCUAGCUCCACCCUCAAGACUUCCCGCUCCACUAGUUCUGUGUACAAUGACCUGCAUGGCCAUAAAAGGGCCUCAUCCAGCUCCUCAAAGAAAGACCUGCUGACUGGACUUUACCACGAUCAAAGGAACUACACCAGCUUAACGAAGACCAAACCCACGCCUCCUACCUCCACUUCCACCUAUCACCCUCGGGCAACCACUUCCUCGUCCUCUACCGUUGGCACGGGGCUGCCUCGCAGCUACAGCAUGGCCUCUAUUUGCGACGACACCGGUCUUUGCGGCUCAGGGUACAGUUCAAGACCUCCCUCUGAACAAAGCUGGUACUCCUCUGGAGCCAGCUCCACCCGCAGCAGCCCUGUGCUGGAUGAAAAAUGUGACAAGCAGUAUACAGAUUUUAGUCGGCCGUCUUCCCGAUGUGCCACCCCCAGCCUCUCGGCAGCCACGUUAGCAUCACUGGGAGGAACCUCAUCACGACGGGGCAGCGCAGACGCGGGUAGUGUCUAUGACCCCGACAACAGUCUGAGUGAACUUAGGGAUAUCUAUGAACUAAAGGACCAGAUUCAGGAUGUAGAAGGGCGGUACAUGCAAGGGCUUAAAGAGCUGAAGGAGUCACUUGCAGAGGUGGAGGAGAAGUAUAAGAAAGCCAUGGUAUCGAAUGCCCAGCUGGACAACGACAAAGGCAACCUCAUCUAUCAAGUUGACACACUCAAGGACGUCAUAGAGGAGAUGGAGGAGCAAACGGCAGAGAUGAGGAGAGAGCUGGAAGAUAAGACAAAGGAACUAGAAAGACAAAAGCACACAUGUACAGUCCUGCAGCAUAAACAAGAAGAACUGAAAGAGGGAAUUCGCCAGAGAGAUGAGCUUAUAGAGGCCCUAGAGAGACAGAAAGAGUACUUUGAUUGCAUUAGGAGUGAGAGAGACGAGCUCAGAGAUGAGCUUGCUGACAUCAAGGGGAAGGCCAAAGCUGAAGAGAAACAUGGGCUAGUCAUCAUCCCAGACGGCACUCCAAAUGGAGACGUCAACCAUGAACCUCUGUCCUCGGGAAUCACUGUGGUCUCCCAGGAGGCCGCCCAGGUGCUGGAGUCUGCAGGAGAGGGCCCGUUGGAUGUCAGGCUACGAAAGUUGGCAGAGGAGAAAGAUGAACUGCUGACUCAAAUCAGGAAGAUGAAGAAUCAGCUGGAGGAGGAGAGACAGAAACACACAAAGAUGGACAGUGCAUACACAGAUGGGGAGAGGAUGGAAAACGGUACAGACCUCCACGUUAUUGAGAUGCAGAGAGAUGCCAACAGACAGAUUAGUGAAUACAAAUUCAAGAUUUCUAAGGCUGAACAGGAAAUGGGUACAAUGGAACAAAAUAUUAACAGACUUGAAGGCCAAGUGACCAGGUACAAGUCAUCAGCAGACAACUCGGAGAAAGUAGAAGACGAACUUAAAGUAGAAAAACGAAAACUUCAAAGAGAGCUGCGCACGGCUCUAGAUAAGAUUGAGGAGAUGGAGAUGACCAACAACCAUCUAGUAAAGCGCCUUGAGAAGAUGAAGGCCAACAGGAAUGCCCUUCUGUCACAGCAGUGAGGCAAGGCACCGUCACCACAGAAGCCCUUAAACUCGCACCUCAGACCUCUGACUGCCAUAUUGCAUUUGGAGCACAUUUCCAUUUUUAGCUGUAACACUUUAAGAAUUGUAGCUAACCAAAAACACUUUAAAGAAAAACAGGUACAAACUGAACUGUGUCUUCUUUGUUCUUUUAAACCGGAACCAUUGGUUUGUGUCUGGUAGUGUUUUUGGAGGGAUGACUCAGAAACUUAAUAAAACUAUAAAGUUGCUGGGAGAUGCAUCUGAGGAAAUUUCUCGAGUCACUACUUUAAUUUUUUUCAGGAAUUUCAGAGCUUUGUACUACAUCAUGUUAUCCAUGAGAUGUUAUGUCUCUCUGGCAGGGGUGCUUGGCUGUACUUUGUUUUUUGAUAAGUUGCAUGAAUGAGUAUAAUGAUGCUUGCUUUUAAACCCUCACGGCUGCUCCGGCCUUGCACCUUCCCAGCUUCCCCCUCAAAGUGAAGUGCCUUUUCACACUAUGAGACUGGGGAUUCGCACCGCUCAAUGAAACAACAAUUGUUUUUAACAGGUACAGAAAGAUGUCAAAAAAGAAAAAAAAAGGUGCAUUCAUUAUUUGAAAUAUAUGUAAAACCAACUGUUUCUGCUGCGGUUUCAUUGGACUUUUUCAAAUAUUCAAAAGAUUUCUUGAAAAUAAAUGUGUAAUUUACAGAACUGUG